AUGACAAACGAAAGCAAUCUUCAAGUCACCUUUUCAAAGCGGCGAACUGGUCUGUUCAAGAAGGCCAGUGAAAUUAUCACCCUCUGUGGUGUUGAGCUCGCCCUUGUUGUCUUCUCGCCGGGUAACAAGGCCUUCUCUUUUGGCGUCCCUAGCGUUGACACUGUUAUUGAUCGUUAUCUUGGUCGCAACCCACCGGAAACUUCAAUAACUUCACAGAUCGUCGAGGCUUGCCGUGAGUCUAAUGUCCAUCGACUCAACAUGGAGCUUACUCAGAAUCUCAAAAAAAAAAACGUGGUGAAGAGCUUCACCAAAUGGAGAAAGCAAACCAACGACAACAUUGGUUUUCAGUCACCAGUCGAGGAAUUUUAUCUCUCUCAUCUCCUGCAACUCAAAUCUGCCAUGGAUGGGUUGAAAAGGAAUGUGCAAACGCAGAAGGUAGCUAUUCUGAAUGCAAAUCCCCAGCAGUUUUACUUAGGUAGUUCAAGCCAAAGGCUGCAAAUUCAUGAUUACAACAAUAGUAUGAUGGAUGGGGGAUACCUUGUUCUUCCACCAUCGAGAUAUAAUCUCAAUCGUUUUACAAGGAUACAAUGUCAAUCCUUUGGAAGUAUACAAUAUUAA